AAUUUUGAUUAAAGUUUAUCAGUUGUAUUUAGGACUGCUUAAAGCUAAUGUAAACGUUUUAUAAGUGAUACUAAAUUGUAUAAUUUAUAGCCUUACAAAAGUGACAGAACCGAAUUCAAAAAAUGUCCCACGAUCAUCCAUAUGGAAAGCCAGUAAAUGUGCUUAAAUUUACAGACACAAAGCAAGUUUUAAUAGAUAAAGCAGAGCUGGAGAAAAUGUUUGAUCAUCAAGAAGUCAAGAACCGCAAAGUUGUAGUUUUCUCAAUUAUUGGAGCUUUUAGACGUGGAAAAAGCUUCUUUUUGGAUUAUUGCUUGAGAUUCCUUUAUUCUCAUUAUCCAUCAAUAAACAACCUAAACAAUCCCCUUGACAAUCAACAAGACUGGAUGGGGAAUGGUGAAGAACCACUUAGCGGUUUUACAUGGCGAUCAGGCACCAAACGUGACACAACUGGUAUAAUCAUGUGGAGUGAUGUGUUUUUGCACACUCUUGAGUUAACUGGAGAGAAAAUAGCAAUUGUCGUAAUGGACACUCAAGGACUUUUUGACAACGAAACAUCUCCUGCUGAUAAUUCAAGGAUCUUCGCGCUUGGAACUUUGAUAUCAUCGAUUCAGGUCUUAAAUCUUGUUGGGAUCAUCCAGGAGGAUCAGCUGCAAUAUCUUCAGUUUGCCACAGAAUUUGCAAGAUUUGCUGCUGCUGAUAGUCAAGGACUUGGUGGCAAACCAUUCCAAAACUUACUGUUCCUUAUCAGAGAUUGGAGUAAUCCAGAUGAAUUUGAGUUUGGAACUGAAGGAGGUGAUCAUUAUUUAAAGGAUGUCCUCAAAGUCAAAUCUGACCAAAAACCAGAGCUUCGCUCAGUCCGUCAGUUCAUUUCUAGCUCAUUUGAGCAGAUUAAUUGCUGUCUACUGCCAUAUCCUGGAAAAACUGUUGCUCGAGUCAAGACCUACGAUGGCCGAUGGUCAAAGAUGGAUGAAGAGUUUAAGGAAGAGCUGCAGAAAGUCAUCGAGCACUUGCUACUCCCAAACAAUGUAAUCCUUAAGAAAAUCAACUCAAAAGACCUUAAAGGAUCUGAAAUGAAGGAAUACAUUGACUCGUACUUCCAAUUGUUCCAAUCUGACACUUUACCGCAAGCUCAAAGCAUUUAUGAGUCAACAAUUGAUAAGCAGAUGAGCAUUUUACUAGAAAAGUGCAUUGAUCAAUACAAACAGACGAUUUUCCUUAAUAAUGACUUGUUGACUGAAGACAAUCUUCAUAUAGUCCAUGAAAUGAGCAAGAACCAGACGCUGAUCAUGUUUAAAGAAGAGAAGAAAAUGGGAAACAUUGAGCAUGAAAGGAAGUUUAAGGUAAAGCUGGAAGAACAGAUGGAGAAGAUCUACAAUGAAUGGAAAGACCAAAAGAAGAUCACAUUCGAGCAAAUCAAGGAACAAAAAGCCAAACAACAAGCUUUAUACGAAGAACAACUCAGACUCGAAGAAGAAGCUAAAGAAGCCAAGCAUAGAGCAGAAAUUAACUUGAUAGAACUUAAGAAAGCAAAAGAAUUGAAGAAAAUUGAGGAGGAACAGUUCCAGACACAAAAAGCACUGCUGGAAACUAGACUAGAAGCUGAAUCUCAAAGAGCUAGAGCUAUUGAAGCUGAACGAGAUGCACAGAAGGCACAUAGAGAAGCAUUGCAGGCGAGAUUGGAUGCAGAAAGAGCUGCAAAUGCAUCAAGACCCAAGAAGAAGUGGUGCUCAAUUAUGUAGACUGAAAAUUGCUGACGUAACUUAAAUAAAAUGAUUUUUAUUGAUGACUAA